AUACUAGUUUGCAUAAACAAUCAUUGUCAGAAAAUAUAUAUCAUGGACUUUCUUAUAACUAGCCUCUUGGUAUUUUCUACUACAUUUUGCAACUCAUGGAAUAUUGCAUUUGGUGAAAAUAACUUUGAUGUACUUAAAUAUGGUGCCAAAGGAGAUGGCAUUUCUGAUGAUACACAAGCCUUUGUGAAAGCAUGGAAUGAUUUAUGUGGAGCAAAUCAAGGGACUCCAACCCUUGUUGUACCAUCUGGACAUACAUUUCUUGUGCAUCAAUAUAUUUUCAAAGGUCCUUGCAAAUCUCAAAAUAUUCAAAUUAAGCUUGAUGGAACUAUACUAGCACCUCAUAGAAAUCAAUGGGGUGCAUGCUCAAAAAGAUGGCUUCAUUUUAUUGAUGUUCAUGGGAUUUCAUUUUAUGGAUCAGGAGUGAUCGAUGGUAAUGGUGAAGAUUGGUGGAAAGAUUAUGAUUCACCCAAUCAAUGUAAAGGAUCACCUACGGCUUUACUAUUUGAAAGAUGUGACGAACUUCAAUUAAGUGGGAUCAGUCAUAUAAAUGGUCCUGGAUUUCAUUUACACAUAGUCCAUUGCAGAGAUGUAACAAUCUCGAAUAUUAAAAUAAACGCACCAGCUACUACUCACAACACUGAUGGAAUUGAUCUCACAAACUCGGUUCGGGUUAAUAUAUACGACUCCGCGAUACAAGGCGGUGAUGAUUGCGUUGCUAUUAAAGGUGGAUCACAAUUUGUCAAUGUCACUAAACUUACAUGUGGACCUACUACUCAUGGCAUUAGUGUGGGGAGUUUAGGAGGUGGUGAAUCUGACGAAUUUGCAGAAAAUAUAAACAUCAAGUAUUGCACAUUCAAUGGAGCUGUUAGUGCAGUAAAAAUCAAGACAUGGCCAGGCGGAAAAGGAUACGUCAAAUCUGUCGUUUUUGAUCAUAUCACAGUCAAUGAAGUAUACAAUCCUAUAUACAUCGAUCAACAUUACAUGAAAACUCCGGAAAAGGAUCAGGCACUUAAAGUGAGUGAUGUAACAAUUAGUAAUGUUUAUGGAACAUUCACUAGCGACCAACCUAUUGUGCUAGAUUGUGCGAGGAUAGGGUGUGACAAUAUUAUCUUGCAAGAUAUAAAGCUUGACGCAGUUGAUCGAAGGAAGCCAAGUAACACAAUAUGCAAUAAUGUUAAUGGGAGAACAGAUGUUAAUGUUUCACCUUCUUUACAUUGUGUGCGAACGUAAAGAUGUUUGUGAUUUUCUGUAUUUCAUUGUUAAGAAUUAUAUGGAAGUUUACAUACUUCAUGAAUUAUGAAUAAUACAGUUAUUUAUAUAUAAGGAAAUCAAGUGGAAUUUGAACCCAAUGUUAGAAGGGUUUAAUUCAAAUUCAAUACUGGUCAACAAAAAUAUCUAUAAUAUUCAUUGUGCAUUGUUUUCUUC